AUGACUGACAUUGAAGGGGGCAAGUUGCCCUCGGGAACGGCAGAUCAAAAGCAAAAAUUGCUGGAUGACAAAGAGACGGCCAGUAAUCUGAAUCCGACGGUCGAUCCCUCCAAAUUAGAGGUGAGUUUAUUGUAAGCAUUCUACUAUUGGGGAUAAACUUUAAUACAGUAAUUGCACGUGCCGACGAGUCGCAAUUUGGCGCGUAUUAUCAGAAAUGAUAAGGAUGAUAGCGUGCAUUUGUUUUUUUGUUUUUUGGUGAAAACAAAGCGAGUGUCACUUGUUCAUAGCUGGCUUUUGGCCUUUCCCUUAAAUCUCUUCAUUUUUCCCGUUUCCCACGUGUUUUUGGAUGAAAUAAAAUCUGGAACGUGGAUAGUUUAAAGCAAAAGAAUGGCCGAUGUCCGUCCCCGAAGCCGGGCGCCCAGUCCGUCUGAAAAGAGUCCACUUCUGCCGUCCAAGGAACCAAAAAGGGUGGGGUUAAAAUACGCUUCAGGCAAUCACCAUCUUUCCGGAAUUCCAUUUUCUGAGAAUUACCGGAAAUUUUAUAAUUAAAUGGCUGUUGUAGUCAUAGGAUAAUGAUUGCAGGGAAGACUUACCAAAUCUCUAUUAUUUGCCGUCAUCGCUGUUACAGUAGGAUCAUCUUUCCAAUUCGGUUAUCACAUCGGUUGUGUCAACGCUCCAGGAGCGGUAAGUAUGGCAUUACAAUAACCAAUGCAUCCUCAGCUGAUCACCAACUGGUACAAACAAUCUCACAAGCGCGUUUUCGGAGAACCCUUAUCCAAUGAAGCUGCUGAUUUGCAAUGGUCGAUCACGGUUGGUAUCUUUGCCGUUGGUGGAAUGGUUGGAGGUCUGUUGUCUGGGUGGCUGGCGGAUAAGAUGGGCAGGAAGGGGGCUCUCCUCUUCAACAAUAUCUUCGCUCUUCUGGCUGCUGCUCUGAUGUCUCUGGCCAAGUAUGUUGACUUAUAUUACUUGCUGACAGCCGGUCGAUUGAUCAUCGGUUUCUCAUGCGGACUGAGUUCCGGCUUGGUCCCAAUGUAUCUGACCGAGGUCUCCCCCAUCAACCUCCGAGGUGCUUUGGGCAGUGUCCAUCAGUUGUUGGUCACCAUCUCCAUCCUCGUCUCCCAGAUUCUUGGUCUCCCUUUCCUACUCGGAACCGCGGAACGAUGGCCCUAUAUCUUCGGUGAGUCGAUCAUGUCGUCAUUUACACUAAAUAAUAGCGUCACCCUUGACACUUGCUUAAUGUAAUUUUUUUCAGCGUUCACUGUGGUCCCCUGCAUUUUCCAACUGAUCACUCUCCCCUUGUGUCCCGAAUCACCCAAACAUAACCUUAUCAAUAAGGGUAACACCGAACAAGCCGAGAAGGAUCUGAAGAAACUCCGAGACUCCAACGAUGUCCAUGUUGAGUUGGAUCAAGUGAAAGAAGAAGCUGCCAUCGCUCGCAAUCAACCCAAAGUCACUAUCCCCCAGUUGUUCACGGGCGUUCUGAAGUGGCCCUUGUUCAUUGCCAUCAUGAUGAUGUUCUCCCAGCAGUUCUCCGGUAUCAACGUGGCCAUGUUUUAUUCGACCAAAGUGUUCCGCGAUGCUGGAUUACAAGGGAAUGGUCCAAUUUAUGCGACAAUUGCCAUGGGAGCGAUCAAUGUGGCCCAGACGAUCGUGUCCUUGUGGUUGGUCGAUCAUCCCAAGUUCGGAAGACGGUCUCUCCAUCUGAUUGGAUUGAUUGGAAUGUUCAUCUCGUCUCUUUUGAUCGUCCUUUCCCUUACUGUUGCCGGUACCGAUGGCAAAGGUCAGCCCGAGCAUCAAUGGGCCUCUUAUGCGUCCAUUGUCUUCGUUUUGCUCUUCGUCGUAGCAUUCGCAACCGGACCUGGUACGUUAUUGCUAACUAUCAACUACUGCAUUUAUUGGUUCCUUUAAUCAGCUUCAUUUAGGAUCCAUUCCUUGGUUCUUUGUCAGCGAGAUCUUCCCGUCUUCAGCCAGAGGAGCGGCUGCCUCGGUCGCUACUUUAGCCAACUGGCUAGCCAAUUUCUUGGUUGGAAUCUCAUUUUUACCACUGAACGUAAGCUCCUUAAACAAUCAGCAAGUCCUCUUUCAGAAUGUCCUCGGACAAUAUUCAUUCUUGGUCUUCUCGUUCCUGGUGGCCAUCUUCAUCGUAUUUACCUACAAGUAUGUCCCUGAAACGAAGGGAAAGACCCUCGACGAAAUCAACAAGCAGAUGAAAAAAAGAAGUCAAUAG